AUGUCGGAAGGAUUUGGCAACGGCCAACAGGAAGGAGCAGCAGCAGCAGCGGCAGCAGCAGCAGCUGCGGCAGCAGGACAGCUAGUAGUGGACGAUAACCUUCUCGGGCACGGUGGUGGUGACGGCAACGAAUAUCAGUGGGCGUACGGCACGAUCAUGGACUCAUCACGCGUUUCGACUUGUCUCAUCUCGAUGCUGCUGAUCGUGUAUGGCAGCUUUCGCAGCCUGAAUAUGGAACAGGAACAGCGGGAAAAGGAAAAGAAACGACAGAGCGAAAGCAUGAACAAUCUACUCACCGGUGAACCGGUCCAGCAGGAACAGAACAAAUUUGCAACAUUGGACACAAUGCACGCACUGUGUCUUCCGCUCGGUGCAUCGAUCUCACUGCUCGUGAUGUUUUUCUUCUUCGACUCAAUGCAAAUGUUGUUUGCCGUAUGUACAGCAAUAAUAGCCACCGUCGCGCUAGCGUUCCUGCUGCUCCCGAUGUGCCAGUACAUUAUACGGCCGUGCACGGACGGUAACCGGAUAUCGUUCGGCGUGUGUGGACGCUUUACAGCGGCCGAACUGUUUAGCUUUUCGCUUGCCGUAUCGAUCGUUUGCAUCUGGGUGCUUACCGGACACUGGCUGCUGAUGGAUGCUAUGGGUAUGGGGCUGUGUGUGGCCUUUAUUGCAUUCGUGCGACUUCCGAGCCUGAAGGUGUCUACGCUACUACUGACCGGGCUGCUCAUCUACGACGUGUUCUGGGUGUUCUUCUCCUCGUACAUCUUCAGCACGAACGUGAUGGUAAAGGUGGCCACACGGCCAGCAGACAACCCCGUCGGCAUUGUGGCGCGUAAGCUAAACCUCGGCGGUAUCGUGAAAGAACCGCCGAAAUUGAACCUUCCCGGCAAGCUAGUGUUCCCAAGCAUCCACAACAGCGGUCACUUUUCGAUGCUCGGGCUGGGUGACAUCGUGAUGCCGGGGCUGCUGCUGUGUUUUGUGCUGCGGUACGACGCAUACAAAAAGUCCCAGUCGACACAGACGGCCGAAACAGGCGUUCCACCACCGAAAGGAGUUGGCUCGAAGCUUACUUAUUUUCAUUGUUCCUUAUUAGGUUACUUUCUCGGAUUGUUAACCGCGACUGUCAGUUCAGAAGUAUUCAAAGCGGCACAACCAGCGUUGCUUUAUCUCGUACCGUUUACACUGCUACCUCUGCUUACGAUGGCAUAUCUGAAGGGUGAUUUGCGACGCAUGUGGAGUGAACCGUUCAUCAUACAGCAAGCAUCGAAGCAGCUAGAGGUAUAA